CCGAUACCUGUUUUCUUAGCGUGGCUGGCGACCAGGUCUGAUCUUGUCCCGCUGCAUUCACGAUGGCGUUGGAGCUCCUCGCCAGGGGGCCGGUCCACGCCCCACUCCCGCGCGCCGGUCGGUUCGGCCAGCCUCGAGUAUCGCCGGCGAACCAGCCGGUCUGGCUUUUCGCUCUGCCGCUGACCGGACCGCCGGGGCGCGCCUACGAACGGCGAUCCGCUGCCGCCGUCCGGUGCGGGAAGAACCCCGGGCGGGUGCUGAAGACGUGCAAGAAUUGCAAGACUCAGUUUGAUCCCUCCGUCAACCAUCCCACGGCCUGCCGCUUCCACACCGCCCAUUUCGGCGGUGAAACGAAGAGAAAAUUUGAAAGUGUCUACACAGGAGGGACCAUGAACACUCCAGACUCAGGCCAAGUUUUCCAGUACUGGCACUGUUGUGGCUCUGAAGAUCCAUUUGAUGCUGGUUGCACUGCUGCUCCUCACUGUUCAUAUGAUGACUGAUCAACAAGGUAAACUCCUACAUUUUCACAACACCUGCAAAGAGAUUCAUGUCUUCAUGUUGACUAGUACAUUCUGGGGUAUUGGUGUCCAGCUCUGUCCAGAAAGCAGAUUUGAAAAUAUGGAUCCAAGAAGCUCCCAUGCAAAUGAUAUGGCAAUGGUCCAUUUGUUUGCUCGAUUGCUUGCACCUUUCUUCUAAUAUCUUGUAUUUUAUAUGUUAACUAUAUAAUGUUUCAGCUAUUUAAUAGAUUGAUUUACUGGUUUGGAUUCCAUCAUGUACCAGAUAUAGAUAUAUUUGCUGGUCUUCUUUCCUUGACCCUC